AUGAAUUCUUCCACGUAUCGUGCAGGUGACACUAUAAUCAAAUCACCAGUAUUUCCAACUAGUAAUGAACCUGGUAAUAGUUCAUGGCAUUUAAAAAUAAACAUUCAAAAAGUGUCUGAUUAUAUAUAUGACCGAACGUUAUCAAUAACUCUGACAUAUUGUGGUAGUGAUCAAAAUAUAAAAGCCAAAUAUUCGAUAUGUGUUAUUGAUGAUGAAAAAAACAGACAAUUUAUAUGGGACUCAAUUACAUAUCACAAUUUCAAGAAUUGUGAAGAAUUUAAGCUUCGAGAGCUAAAAGUGGGUGAACUAUAUAAAGAAAGAGAUAAAUAUUUACCUGAUGAUACAUUAACGAUAUCCCUUAAACUUACUGAACUUAUUGUACAUUCUUACACUAGUCUUCCUACCACUGAACUUCGAUUAGGAGAAUCGAAACAAACUUUCGAUGAUUUGAAAGAUCUUUUUGAUAGUAAAGAAGGCAGUGAUGCUAUUCUAAUUGUGGGAAAUAAGAAAAUUCCAGCCCACAAAACUUUACUAAUGAAUCAAAGUAAUGUAUUUCGUGAAAUGUUGACAUCUCACCAGAAAAACAACGGUAAUAAUGAAGUAAAUAUCCCUGAUAUAAAUUAUGAUAUAUGUGAGAAACUAUUAGAAUUUAUUUACACGAACAAUGUGACUAAUGUUGAUGAAUUGGCUGGACGUUUAUACGAAGUGGCAGAUAAACAUCAGUUACCAGCUCUUAAAAAGUUAUGCGAAGAAUAA